AUGUAUUUAAAAGAGAUUAUUUUGGAUGGGUUCAAAUCCUAUGCGCAUAGGAUGGUUUUAUCCGGAUUAGAUCCACACUUCAACUCAAUUAGUGGACCAAACGGCAGUGGCAAGUCGGCCAUACUGGACGCCAUAUGCUUCGUGCUGGGCAUGACGCAUCUGCAGUCGCUGCGGGUCAAUGGGCUUCACGAGCUUAUCUAUAAGAACGGGCAGGCCGGUGUCCAGCGUGCGUCUGUGACGCUGGUAUUCGACAACACCGACGCGUCGUCGUCCCCGGUCGGCUACGAGGACUCUCCCGAGAUAACCGUGACCCGUCAAGUGGCGCUCGGUGGACGCAGCAAGUACCUCGUCAACGGGCACGUGGCGCAACCUGCGAAGGUUCAAAACCUGUUUCACUCGGUACAAUUGAAUGUGAACAAUCCGCACUUUUUGAUCAUGCAGGGGCGCAUCACCAAAGUCAUUCAGAUGAAGCCACUCGAGCUGUUGAGUAUGCUCGAAGAGGCUGCCGGUACCAGUAUGUACGAGGCCAAGAAGACAGCUGCGCUUCGGACUAUCGAGAAAAAACAGCGCAAGGUCGAGGAAAUUAAUACGCUUUUGGCUGAGGAGAUAACCCCGUCUCUGGUAAAGCUCCGGGAUGAACGAGAGCGUUUUCUGCACUGGUCGGCGAACAAUGCAGAGAUAGAGCGUCUGCGUCGUAUUGUCGCCCUACAAGCAUACGCUCAAGCGCGAGAGCAUGUCAAGCAACUCGAGCAGGACAGAGCCCAGCUGGUCGCACAGAUUGAGAAGCACGAAGCGGAACAAGCGCAGAACCACGAGGCAAUCAAUGCGCUGCGUGCGGAAAGCCACGGAGCGAAACGUAGUCAGCACGACCGAGAGGCCCGACAGCUCCAGCAGCAAGAAAAGGAGCUCGCCGCUCUUGAUCGGGAACUGGUGAAGGAGCGAGCUCGUCGCGAUCACCUCCGUGCGUCACUGACUAGGGAACAAGCGCAGCAAACCGAGAUGAUCGAGGCUCAGGAGCAUCUCACCAAGACGCUUGAGCAACUCACCGCUCGUAUCGAAACAUUUGAGCCGCAAGUUGAAAAGCGCCGCCUUGAGGCCCGCGCAGCCAACGACAAGUGGCAAACGCUCUCUGAAGCCUCCGCAUUUCGUUCGCGUACCGAACUCAUCACUUCGACGCGGCAACAGUUGGCGCUCGCUCGUACAGAAGAGGAAACUACGAAAAUUGCUCUUGCGGGAGCGAAGAGCGAACUCGAGAAACAUGCAAAGCGAGCCACUGCUGUGCGAGCGCUCGAGUCCGAACUCGCCAAAGCGGAAAAGGCGGUUUCUUCCGUUAAGCUCCAGCUGCAUGAGCUGGACUACGACCAGCAUGGCGCAGAGAAACUCCGCAAACUCCGUCAGAGCGAGGAGCAAGCCGUGCAUAGCCUUCGCGAUCAGCUGGAUCGUCUCUCCGCUCGGUUGGCUGCUAUUGACUUUACCUACCAGAACCCGGAGCCGGCCUUCGAAAGCAGCCGCGUCAAAGGCGUCGUUGCCCGACUAGUGCAACUGGUGCAUCCAGAAUAUGCGGUAGCCAUUGAAAUAACUGCAGGUUCCAAGCUGUUCUACGUCAUUGUGGACAACGAGCAGACUGGCAAGCUUCUGCUUGAGCGCGGCCAGCUCACUCGUCGAGUCACCAUGAUUCCCUUGAACCGGAUCGACGAUAAGGUGCUGGAGCCAGAACGCGUUGCAGCCGCUCGUCAGGCCGGAGGCAACCUGGCCCUGUCGCUUGUCCGUUUUGAUGAAGCACUCGAGCCUGCCAUGCGCUAUGUAUUCGGACGAACGCUAGUUUGCGACCGGCUGGAUCAGGCCAAACAGAUGGCGUUCUCGGAGCAGAUUCGGUGUCGGACGGUGACGAAAGACGGCGACCUCGUGGACCCCCAGGGUACCAUGACCGGAGGCUCCCAGAGCGCAGUCGCUUCGCUUCUGAUCCAGCUCGCAGAGCUUGAGCGUUUGCGUGCAGAGCUGCAGAUACGAGAGCGUGCACUGGCGAGGACCGAGGAGGAUCUUCAAAACCUGGAGCAAAAAGCGGAUCAGCAUGCACGUCUGAGCACGGAGCUCGCCAUGAAGCAGCAAGCGGUGGAGGCCAUUAGGGAGCGCAUGCUUGCGGAGCCCUUGAUCCGGUACAAGAAUGAAGUUGCGAGUUUAGAGGCACAGCUUCGAGAACAGGGAGCGCGAAGAGUUGCAGCUGAGCGACGACUCGCUGAACUCGAUUCCGGUGCCGAUGUCGGCGCCCAGGACCUCGCCGAGGCCAAGGCAUCUGCCGAGCAACUGCAGCGUCUCUGGCAAGACGAACAGGCCCAGCUUGCGCGCCUCCACCAGCAGCUCGAAUCCUCCAGAGAAGAACUUGACGAUGUGCAGAAGCGUCUAGCACAGUGCAACGAAACCAUUGCUCAACUGGAACGUGACCUCACCGAGCAAAGCAAUCGUCUGGAAAAGGAGCUCGAGCCUGCUUAUUAUUCACAGCAGGAGGCGCUCCGGCAACGCCGAGAGGCGCUCUCGGCGCAAGCACAAGAGCAUGCAGUGCGGCAAGAGCGCCUAAGUGCGCUAGCUAGUCAGGACGAGGCGCUUUCGCUGGAAAUCAAACGUCUCCGGCUGCAGCUAGCUGAUCUCGACGAGACGCUCGCGAAUGCUCGUCAACAGGCCGUCGCGCUCGAGGCCGAGCAUCCAAACCUGUCGUGCACUGCGGGUGACGUGUCCGUGGUGGACGCGGAGGAGAUCCGGCGGGCCCGUCAACAACUCGCCCGGUUGACUGCAGAGAAUCAGAGUCUCGGGAAACGGAUCAACCGGCGAGCACUGAGUCUCUUUGAAAAGUCUGAGCAAGAAUAUCAGGACCUCAUGAAUAAGAAACGCAUCAUCGAGAAUGAUAAGCAAAAAAUCUACGCGGCUAUUCGCAGCCUCGAUGAGAAGAAACGUCUGGCGCUCGAGGCCACCUGGCAACGAGUGAACCGCGAUCUCAGUGCAAUCUUCUCUACCUUGCUCCCCGGAGCCGAUGCUCGUCUAGAUCGCGUACCGGAAAGCCAGUCGAUGCUCGAUGGCCUCGUGCUCAAGGUCGCGAUGGGCAAUACCUGGAAGGAUUCCCUCACAGAGCUGAGCGGUGGCCAGCGUUCCCUCGUUGCUCUCAGUCUCGUGUUGGCUAUGCUCAAGUUCAAGCCCGCGCCUAUGUACAUUCUCGAUGAGAUCGAUGCGGCGCUCGACCUCAGCCAUACGCAAAAUGUAGGCCAGGUCAUUCGUCAAUCCUUCCGCGACAGCCAGUUCAUCAUCGUGAGCCUGAAACCAGCGCUCUUCGAGCACGCGAACGUCGUCUUUCGAACCAAGCUCGUGCAAGGCUCGUCGACGGUGACGCGCACCGUCAGCGCCUCGCGCGUUUCGACGACGACGACGACGUCAUCAUCAUCGUCUUCCGGACAGUCCGAGUUGCACGCGGGUCCAGCAGCUGCGGCGAUGGACGAGGCCGUAGCCGCGACCACCACCACCACCACCGCCUCUGCCUAG